AUGCAGAGCGUGGCAAUCUUCCUGACCGCCUUCCUGGUCGUCGUAACAUUCGUGGCCAACGCUGAGAACUGCACGGUGCUGGAGGUGUACACCGCUCUGGAGCCUGUCGCAUCCGACGCCAACUUCGCCGCCUGCCAGACGGACAGCAACUACUCCUUGUUGUCGUUCGCGGCCCCAACACUGAAUCAGAGCGAGGCGUUCUGCGCCAGCUCCGCGUGUCAGACGCGGCUCAACACGACACUGUCCUCGGGACUGCUGCCGGACUGUCAGGUGGCCAUCGGAGCCCACAGACUCAACCUCACGAAUGCAGUCACAAUCGCCGCGAGGUGCCCAACGAGUCUGAUGGAGCGUGCAGUGAGCAAGGAGGAAGACCACGACACGAUCGGCCACACAGCAGACAACGUGGCCACCGUCGUGGGCCACUCGGUGCCCAUGGACGAACUGGGCGCGGCUCUCUCUACCCUCGGAAUUUGA